GUUCAUCUGGUCACCACUGUCCGGUCUAUUCCUGGGUCACGUCCUGGUUCACCCUGGAUGGUCAUCCUGGGCACACCUGUCCUGGGUAUCCUGGUCUGGUCAUCCUGGUUCACCCUGUCCUGGUCAUUCUGGUUACACCCUGUAGGUUCAUCCUGGUUCACCCUGGUCUGGUCCAUCCUGGUUCACCCUGUCCUGUUCACCCUGGGUUCACCCUGGUCUGGUUCAUCGGUUUCACCCUGUUCUGGUUCAUCCUGGUUCACCCUGUCCUGGUUCAUCCUGGUUAAACUGGUCUGGUCCAUCCUGGUUCACCGUCCUGGUUCAUCCUGGUUCACCCUGGUCUGGUUCAUCCUGGUUCACCCUGUCCUGGUUCACCCUGUCCUGGUUCAUCCUGGUUCACCCUGUCCUGGUUCAUCCUGGUUCACCCUGGUCUGGUUCAUCCUGGUUCACCCUGGUCUGGUUCAUCCUGGUUCACCCUGGUCUGGUUCAUCCUGGUUCACCCUGUCCUGGUUCAUCCUGGUUCACCCUGGUCCUGGUUCAUCCUGGUUCACCCUGUCCUGGUUCACCCUGGUCUGGUUCACCCUGUCCUGGUUCAUCCUGGUCUGGUUCAUCCUGGUUCAUCCUGGUCUGGUCCAUCCUGGUUCACCCUGUCCUAGUAUAUGUAAUAUAUAUUUUAGAUUGGUAAACUGUCUGUCUGGUAACUCCUACUAUUAGACUCGUAGAGCUGUGUAGAGCUGUAACCGAGAUGUCUAUCUGUUACCCUGAACUGUGCAGUCUUAUAGAUUAGAGAUGUUUACCCUAACCUUCCUCUCUCUCCUCUCCAGUUGUCUGGUAACCUGUACUCUCACAAAGUGGACAUCUACUCUCUGGGUCUGAUCCUGUUUGAACUGCUCUGUCCCUUCAGGACACAGAUGGAGAGAGUCAGGGUGAGUAGUGCCACAGUAUUGUCUAUGGUAUGUUAUAUAUAGACUGACUGAAGUUAUAUAUUGUCUAUGGUAUCAUGUUGAUCUCCAGACUCUAACUGAAGUUAUAUAUUGUCUAUGGUAUCAUGUUGAUCUAUAGACUGACUGAAGUUAUAUAUUGUCUAUGGUAUCAUGUUGAUCUCCAGACUCUAACUGAAGUUAUAUAUUGUCUAUGGUAUCAUGUUGAUCUCCAGACUCUAACUGAAGUUAUAUAUUGUCUAUGGUAUCAUGUUGAUCUCCAGACUCUAACUGAAGUUAUAUAUUGUCUAUGGUAUCAUGUUGAUCUCCAGACUCUAACUGAAGUUAUAUAUUGUCUAUGGUAUCAUGUUGAUCUCCAGACUCUAACUGAAGUUAUAUAUUGUCUAUGGUAUCAUGUUGAUCUCCAGACUCUAACUGAAGUUAUAUAUUGUCUAUGGUAUCAUGUUGAUCUUCCAGACUCUAACUGAAGUUAUAUUGUCUAUGGUAUCAUGUUGAUCUCCAGACUCUAACUGAAGUUAAUAUUGUCUAUGGUAUCAUGUUGAUCUCCAGACUCUAACUGAAGUUAUAUAUUGUCUAUGGUAUCAUGUUGAUCUCCAGACUCUAACUGAAGUUAUAUAUUGUCUAUGGUAUCAUGUUGAUCUCCAGACUCUAACUGAAGUCCGAGGGCUGCAGUUUCCUGCUGUCUUUUCCAAGAACAACGUCCAGGAGGUAAGUAGUGUUUCUCUGCUGUGUGUCUGGCUCCUCCUACUGUCUCUGGCUCCUCCUACUGUCUCUGGCUCCUCCUACUGUCUCUGGCUCCUCCUACUGUCUCUGCUGUGUGUCUGGCUCCUCCUACUGUCUCUGCUGUGUGUCUGGCUCCUCCUACUGUCUCUGGCUCCUCCUACUGUCUCUGGCUCCUCCUACUGUCUCUGCUGUGUGUCUGGCUCCUCCUACUGUCUCUGGCUCCUCCUACUGUCUCUGGCUCCUCCUACUGUCUCUGCUGUGUGUCUGGCUCCUCCUACUGUCUCUGCUGUGUGUCUGGCUCCUCCUACUGUCUCUGGCUCCUCCUACUGUCUCUGCUGUGUGUCUGGCUCCUCCUACUGUCUCUGGCACCUCCUACUGUCUCUGGCUCCUCCUACUGUCUCUGCUGUGUGUCUGGCUCCUCCUACUGUCUCUGGCUCCUCCUACUGUCUCUGGCUCCUCCUACUGUCUCUGCUGUGUGUCUGGCUCCUCCUACUGUCUCUGGCUCCUCCUACUGUCUCUGGCUCCUCCUACUGUAUAUGGCUCCUCCUACUGUCUCUGGCUCCUCCUACUGUCUCUGGCUCCUCCUACUGUCUCUGCUGUGUGUCUGGCUCCUCCUACUGUCUCUGCUGUGUGUCUGGCUCCUCCUACUGUCUCUGGCUCCUCCUACUGUCUCUGCUGUGUGUCUGGCUCCUCCUACUGUCUCUGGCACCUCCUACUGUCUCUGGCUCCUCCUACUGUCUCUGGCUCCUCCUACUGUCUCUGCUGUGUGUCUGGCUCCUCCUACUGUCUCUGCUGUGUGUCUGGCUCCUCCUACUGUCUCUGGCUCCUCCUACUGUCUCUGGCUCCUCCUACUGUCUCUGCUGUGUGUCUGGCUCCUCCUACUGUCUCUGGCUCCUCCUACUGUCUCUGGCUCCUCCUACUGUAUAUGGCUCCUCCUACUGUCUCUGGCUCCUCCUACUGUCUCUGGCUCCUCCUACUGUCUCUGCUGUGUGUCUGGCUCCUCCUACUAUCUCUGGCUCCUCCUACUGUCUCUGGCUCCUCCUACUGUCUCUGCUGUGUGUCUGGCUCCUCCUACUAUCUCUGGCUCCUCCUACUGUCUCUGGCUCCUCCUACUGUCUCUGGCUCCUCCUACUGUCUCUGGCUCCUCCUACUGUCUCUGGCACCUCCUACUGUCUCUGCUGUGUGUCUGGCUCCUCCUACUGUCUCUGGCUCCUCCUACUGUCUCUGGCACCUCCUACUGUCUCUGCUGUGUGUCUGGCUCCUCCUACUGUCUCUGGCUCCUCCUACUGUCUCUGGCUCCUCCUACUGUCUCUGCUGUGUGUCUGGCUCCUCCUACUGUCUCUGGCUCCUCCUACUGUCUCUGGCUACUCCUACUGUCUCUGGCUCCUCCUACUGUCUCUGGCUCCUCCUACUGUCUCUGGCACCUCCUACUGUCUCUGCUGUGUGUCUGGCUCCUCCUACUGUCUCUGGCUCCUCCUACUGUCUCUGGCACCUCCUACUGUCUCUGCUGUGUGUCUGGCUCCUCCUACUAUCUCUGGCUCCUCCUACUGUCUAUGGCUCCUCCUACUGUCUCUGCUGUGUGUCUGGCUCCUCCUACUGUCUCUGGCUCCUCCUACUGUCUCUGGCUCCUCCUACUGUCUCUGGCUCCUCCUACUGUCUCUGGCUCCUCCUACUGUCUCUGGCUCCUCCUACUGUCUCUGGCUCCUCCUACUGUCUCUGCUGUGUGUCUGGCUCCUCCUACUAUCUCUGGCUCCUCCUACUGUCUCUGGCUCCUCCUACUGUCUCUGCUGUGUGUCUGGCUCCUCCUACUGUCUCUGGCUCCUCCUACUGUCUCUGGCUCCUCCUACUGUCUCUGGCACCUCCUACUGUCUCUGCUGUGUGUCUGGCUCCUCCUACUGUCUCUGGCUCCUCCUACUGUCUCUGGCACCUCCUACUGUCUCUGCUGUGUGUCUGGCUCCUCCUACUGUCUCUGGCUCCUCCUACUGUCUCUGGCUCCUCCUACUGUCUCUGCUGUGUGUCUGCUUCUAUCUCCAGGUCAAAAAGGAGAAUUAAAUAAAAGGUGAAAACACUGUUCCAAAGCUUGAUACAAUAAUAUCAUAGAUGGAAUAAAAUACAUGUACUAUUCUUAAGAAAUGAAUAAGUAUUUUAUAUGAUCAGUUGGGUGUGUUUUUGUGAUUGAUCAGUUCAUGUUUAGAUGAUCAUGAAGUGUGUGUGGUGUCAUGAACCCUGACGUGCCUCCUCUCCUGUGUCCUCUAGCUGGGCAUGGUUCGUAGCAUGUUGUCCCGUAACCCGGCCGAGCGUCCCGAGGCCGCUGACAUCACAGAGGAGCCUCUGUUUCAGGAACUGGAAGUCCCGUGUCGCCAGGCGGUCCGACAACGAUCCCGGACAUACAGCGCCUCGUCUGCUGGAUGGCCUGCACGUACCUCUACUGCUUCCUCCUGA